AUGAAUAUAUUCAGAUUAGCGGGUGACAUGACCCACCUGGCCAGCGUCCUCGUCUUGCUCCUCAAGAUCCACACAAUCAAAUCUUGUGCCGGAAUUUCUUUGAAGACUCAAGAACUCUAUGCCGUUGUUUUCGCUACCCGCUACUUGGACAUUUUCACUGAUUUUAUAUCUGUAUAUAAUACCAUCAUGAAGUUGAUAUUCUUGGGGAGCUCAUUUUCGAUUGUUUGGUACAUUAGGCAGCACAAGAUUGUUCGCAGGUCCUAUGAUAAGGACCAAGACACCUUCCGCUAUGUUUUUAUUGUGCUGCCGUGCAUAUUCUUCGCCCUAAUAAUCAAUGAGAAGUUCACCUUCAAGGAGGUCAUGUGGACAUUUUCAUUGUAUUUAGAAGCCGUUGCUAUACUUCCUCAGCUUGUGCUGUUACAGAGAACGAGAAACAUUGACAACUUGACUGGGCAAUAUGUAUUUCUUCUUGGAGGAUACCGAGCGUUAUACAUUCUCAACUGGAUUUACCGUUACUUCACUGAACCACACUAUGUCCAUUGGAUACCAUGGAUUGCCGGGAUUGUUCAAACACUGCUAUAUGGUGACUUCUUCUACUAUUAUUUCCACAGCUGGAAAAACAACAAAAAGCUCCAGUUACCGGCGUGA